AUGUAUUACCGUCCAUGGCCCCCUACCCCGAGGCAUCCUCCACCAUCCGUCCCACCGUGUCCACCACCAUCUGAUUCAUCUGUAUAUAGACCUUUUGGAACACAUAUUCCUCCUCCGCCUUUUGGAUUCGGUUCGACUGUGAUGCAUCCGUUUCCCAUGACUCCACCACAGUGGCGUCCGUAUAUCCCAUCCAAUCUACCAUCUCUCCAGCACUCAAGUGUUUCGGAGAUGUCUGUGCCAGAAUCGCAUCACCGUGAUGUACCAAAUAGUCAUAUUAUCAAUCAGUGGACCUCUUGGCUAACGGUCAAAGAACCGCAGGUGUUGAUGCGUCGGAAGAGUAUGUCAAAAAGUGGUCUUACAUUGCCCGAGAUUCGUGCUAGGCUUUUACGCUGGAAAGAACUAAUCGAGGUUAUACAAGACAAACAGUUCAAGAGUUGCCAUUCCGAUCCCUCGUCCACAGAGAUGGAGCUUUCUCGACUGCAGACGGAACUUGCUCAACUACAGACAGAGUGUUCUGACCCGGAGCUGAUCAACUGGGUCCGACAAAAACUGCAUAGGGUGGCUCGUAAACGCGUGAGUCCUACUUGA